AUGCCCAUCGUACAAGCCCUCACCGGCUAUGCCGGUUUGACACUACUCGCCACAACAUCGGUAUUUGCCGGUUCUCACGGCAGCUUACCCAAACCAAAGCUUCCUCCAGCAGGCGAGGAUGCAGAGCAGGAGGAGGAAGAGGAGGUCAUGCCUCAUAUUACAUCCGAGGACGCCUGGCUGUUUCCUGUGCUUGGCUCGGUGACCCUGGGUGGCCUAUAUCUCAUCAUCAAAUACCUCGGACCGGAUUGGAUCAACUGGCUCAUGAGCUGGUACCUCUCACUGGCAUCUCUGUACAGCGUUACCGACGCUCUCCUCAGAGUAGCCCGCAACUUGAUUGGGCCAAAACGGUAUCGGUCAUUCACUCAAUACCACCUGAAGUUUCAACGCGGAAAGAACCCGCUCUUCGCGUAUUCAUGGCGGACACCCUCCUUCUUUCUCAUCCCGCUGGGAACAUUACCCACGAUUCUGUAUCGACUUGAGAGCGGCAAGAAGUCGGCUCUCUUGACAGAUAUUUUGGCGUUAUCCUUUGCACAUGAGGCCAUAUCUAUGAUGAAGCUCGACUCGUUCAAGACUGGCUGCAUCCUCUUGAGCGGCCUCUUCCUCUACGACAUCUGGUGGGUAUUCGGAACAAAAGUGAUGGUUAGUGUUGCCACGAGCCUCGAUGUGCCUAUUAAAUUGCUCUGGCCCAAAUCCUUCGGUGAUCUGUCCAAGGGCCAUAUGAUGCUCGGCCUGGGCGACAUUGUCGUACCGGGAGUCUUCGUAGCGCUGGCUCUGCGUUAUGAUCACCAGAGGUCUCUUGUGCACGGUGGAGACGGUAGAAGCUUUCCUAAGCCAUACUUCACUGCCGCGGUUCUGGCGUACGUGUCAGGUCUUGCCACAACCAUGACUGUCAUGCACGUCUUCAAGGCAGCACAGCCUGCAUUACUGUAUCUGAGUCCCGCAUGCAUAUUGUCCUUUGUCAUCACCGCCGCUGCAAGAGGGGAGUUCAAGGAAGCAUGGUCAUGGUCCGACGAGACACCGGAAGAUAAGAACAAGUCUGAAGUAAAAGAUCAGGAUCCCAAGAAAGAGCAGUAG